UCCCUCAUGUCUUACAUACAGGGUGUACAAAAAUUAAAUCUCAUAUUAACCUGUAAGUAGCAAAUCAGUCCAAUAUAAUUAAUAAAUAAUAAUUUUGAGUUUGUAAUGAAUCAGUCAUUCAAAAGAGAGGUGUUAUGGUGUUUUAAGAACCUUCAUAAAGCAAGAAAGGAAGUUUUUGCAGGAGAUACUUAUGCACUUGAAUUAUGUAGAAAUAAAAUAAACGAAGAAUUUAAAAAACAUAAAACAUUAAACGAUGAAACAGUUAUAAAUGAGUUAUUGAAGCAAAGUAAGAAUAUUGCACACGAACUGAGAACUACUGUUAUACAAGCUAGAGAAGUUGAACCUGGAAAGUACCGAGUGCAAAUUAGACCCGAUACAACAAAACUAGACAAUGUUCCAUUUAAAGAUAGCUCUUGUUCUGAUGUAAAGUAAUUCUAGACAAUGUCCAUUUAAAGAUAGUCUUUGUUCUGAUGUAAAGUAAUUCUAUUUAGUCUUUUUAGUUUAAUUAUGUUAUAAUUAGAAUAACAUGUUAUUAUCUGCAUAGGUAGUAAUGUAAAGCACAUUUUACAAUUUCUGUAAUUUAUACCCUCAAAAAUUACAAAUACAAAUUAUGCUAUUAAA